CAGAAGUUGCCUCCAAAAAAAAAAAAGAAAAAGUGGCGGGGUGGCCGGCGAGCCUGCUUUCGGUGGAGUGGAGUGGAGCGGAGCGGAGAGCGAGCCUCCACUGUCGGCGGCGCUGUCGCCGUCGCCGUUGCGGUCGAGGGUUCGCGCGCGCGCGCGGUGGCGUUCUAAUCUGGCCCUGCUGGGCUCUGGUGGCGGUGUUUAAUUCGGCGGCGGAGGAGGGGGAGGGAGAUGGUGGCGGCGGCGCCGCGCGCCACGCGGAGGUCGUUCAGGGACUCGCUGGAGGCCGACAUCCAGCGCGCCAACAGCCUUGCUCUGCCGCAGGGCGUCGGACUGUUCGCCGGACUACGACGGGGCGUGCCUGCAGAUGCGCAUGUCCUACAGCCCCGCCGCGCGCCUCUUCCUCUUCCUCCUGCAGUGGACCGACUGCAGCCUCGCCGGCGCCCUCAGGAUCCCCAUCUAGGACAAGGUUUACGUGGGCGGCACCACAACCAUUUGUCCACCCACGAAAGGAAACCCAGCACCAAGGAAUUCUUUCUACGCUGUGAUGCUUCCCUCCCUCGUGCAACUGGAGCACGGGAUCAGCGACACCGAUGACCUGAGGCAGAGGGCGGUGUGCUCCGAGAGGUGCAGGACGAGAGACGGCGAGGAGGAGGAUAGCAAGAGGCUGGUCUCUGAGGUCGACGCUGAGAUAGAAGAGGAGUGUGGGCUGUGCUGCAUCCACGACAUGUGCAUCGAGUGCUACCGCCAAUGCAUGCUAUAUUCCAAGUCGGUGGAGGCAUCAUCAUCUGAUCGAGUACGGAGACAAGCUAUUGCCAGUAAUUCUGAGUCAUCUGGGAUACAGCCAAGACCGACGUCGUUGUUGUUGUUGUUGUUGUUGUUGUUUAGACAUUGUCGCGCGUUAAUGGACUACCGGUCAUGAAUAUUUACAUGCCAAAAGUACUUCAAUUUUGGUAUACUCCUAGUCCUAUUAACAAGAAGGUGGAGGGUUUUGUUGCGACGGCCGGUAAAAGAUGCAGCUACAGGACCUUUAUGUGCGUAUCAAGAUAAACACAUAUGAGAUCCUUUAUGUGCACGUGAUUGCUUUGGUAGGCAUGUGAUGCACCAAGGAGAAGAAGGGUCCGAAUCUUUUUCUAAUAACUUGUUCCAUUCCAUGCAAUGCAAGGAGAAGAAUCCCAACGUGACA